AUGGUAGAUUUAUUGACCCUAACAACAGAAACUUUAGAAUCCGAGGAGACCAGCAGUGGUGGUUUGUUUGUACCUGGGAAGGACAAAGUAAUCUUUAAACCUCGUGAGAGGAAAUCACUUUUAGAAACAAACAGUCAGGCUUAUAGACAGCUGCUGCUAACCACUCCCAGCCUUGGUGACUAUAUUUCUGGUGCCAUUCUCUUCGAAGAGACACUUUACCAGUCAACUACAGAUGGAAAAAAGUUUGUGGAUUAUUUGCGAGAUGAGAAUAUUGUGCCGGGUAUCACAGUUGAUAAGGGUUUGGUUCUGCUACCACGAUCCAACAAUGAAUCUUGGUGCCAGGGGCUAGAUGAAUUGGCUUCUAGAUCUGGAAUGCAAAAUGAAGGUACCAACCUGAUUGCAGUAAGAAGUCCAUUCAAGUCUCAAGAUCCAAACAAGCCCUGGCCUAUCAUUCUUUGGCUACAGAGUCGACCUGGUCCUUCUGGAGUUGGAAUUGGGAAUUUUGAAGAGGUUGGGCCUUUGGACACUUUUUUGAAGCCUAGAAGUUCCACAUGGCUGAGAAUAGCUGAUCUUUUACUUGAUAAUCCUGUUGGGACUGGAUAUAGUUUUGUAGAGCAGGAUGAUAAAAAUCUACUUGUUCAAACUGAUGUUAAGGCUGCAAAUGAUUUAACUACAUUGUUGAUAGAAAUUUUUAAUAGAAAUGAGAGCCUCCAAAACAGUCCUCUUUAUGUGGUGGCACAGUCUUAUGGAGGAACAUAUGCUGUCACUCUUGGAUUAUCAGCACUGAAGGCAAUCCAGCCAGGAAAAUUAAAGCUCAAGUUUGGAGGUAUUGACUUCUUCCAAUUGAGCACAUCUGAAUCAGCUACACAGAGGAAGAAAGUUAGAAUUUUCCUUCUUCACGUCAAUACAAAAUCUCCAAAAUUGUUUUAA